AUGUAGGCCUACAUUUUGUAUGUUGGCUCGUGGACAGCAGACGGUCGUGUUUUCAUUUCUGGCACUCUGGCACUUUAUUCUGGAUUUCUGGCAGUUAAAUUUUGAUGCCAUCACAACCAGCAUUUAGACAGACUCAUACAUUAUUCAUGAGCCGUGACCUCCCCGCGACCUUCUGUGGCUGCUGAGCAAUUCAACCCGUGCGUUGUCAGUUGAUCAGGCAGCAUGAAGUACAUGUAAACGGAUGAAAUAUUCUCCACACAGCUGACGUUUCCGUAUUCCAGUGGAUUGCUUAAUCUCCUGAUGAAAAUGUGACUGCUGUUAACAUUGUGCCAAACACUUAUCGGAAUUCCAUCGAGACCAGCGAAAUGGACUGUUUAGCCACCGAAGGAAUUCUCCAAGCUUUGUAGAUAAAAUUAAGGAUUAUGAACCACAAGAUCCUCAAGCAGCAACUGUCGGCGUCAUCGGUAGAGGAUCUGACUAAUGGAGGGGAGAGCUCCUCAUCAAGGGGAUCCACAUUGACAGGGUUGAGCGGGCGAGAAGCAGCAGACAGCGGGCGAUGGACGUUACCUAGACUCAAGACGUAUGACGCCGUGGUGUUUGACGUGCUCAGGGUCAUGCCAGAUGACCUAGCUAACCAGAUAACGCUAAUGGAUCUGCCCGUCUUCAAAUCCAUUACCCCAGAGGAGCUAAGCAGCUGUGCUUGGUCAGGCAAAGACAAGAACAACCUGUGUCCCAACAUCGUCGCCUUCACUCGCAGAUUUAAUCAUGUUAGUUUCUGGGUCGUUCAUGAAAUCCUCGCCGGGCAGACGCUGAAAAUUAGGGCUGAAAUCUUGGGACAGUUUGUCAAAAUUGCAAAGAAACUAUUUGAGCUGAACAACUACCAUUCACUCAUGGCCGUCAUUUCAGCGCUACACAGCGCACCUAUCUUCAGACUAAGUAAAACAUGGAACCUCCUCCACAAGAAAGAGCGGUCCACGUGUGAGAAGCUAGCAGACCUCAUGUCCGAGGACGACAAUCGGCAGAGACUACGCGAGCACAUGGAUAACGUUAGACUGCCCUGUAUACCCUACCUAGGAUUGUACCUCCAAGAUCUCAUAUUCAUAGAUGUAGCUCAUCCAAGUACUGGCGGCAUCGAGAGCGAAAGGAGGUCAAUUAAGAUGAACAACGUCUUACGGACGAUAGCAGAGUUUCAGCUGUCCACGUGUGAGAUAGAGCCGCUUCCCUACGUCCAGAAUUACCUAAAAUCUGUCCGGUACAUCGACGAGCUGCAGAAAUUUGUCGAAGAAGAUAAUUACAAAUUAUCGUUACAGAUUGAACCCAUCAACCAGCAGGCUAACAUGUCCAAAUCCAGAGAUGAAUUAGAUACAUCAGAUCGAGGCUCAUCACCCGGUAAAUCCACCCCCGCCACGCCCCUUGCUGCGGCCAGAUUCGUACCCGGUCAUCGGAAAUGUAAAAGCUUAGGAACCACGUUCGUGUCUCACACAGCGAUUGAGCCUUUACAUUUAACCAACUCACACGUUGGCCACGGACCGAGGCAUCUUCUUGACGACAGCUUACUGGAGGAAACGAGUGCGCACGGCCACCCCUCCAUCACCAGCUCCAUAGAAGGGUCCAUGAACGGUAUGUCAAUAGGUAGUAGUGAAGGCUCUGAAAUCAGCGACGAUCAUGAUCCCUGGAUAGGGGACAACAUGACAGAAAGCUGUGAAGACUUGGUGCAGAAUCUACCAGACGUACCGGCGUCAGCGUUCAAAAUACAUGGUUACCUCAAGCGGAAACCGGUCAUGAAAAUUGGGAGGAAAGUAUCGGUGACGUCGUGGACCAGGUACUGGGUGGGUCUAUGGGGAACCAACAUUGUACACUAUGCAGCCAAGUACUUCACUGGGCACGACAGAACAGAUUUCAAGAUAAGACCUUGCAAGUUGUUUUCUAUCAGUGACUGGGUGGUCACGUUACCGGAGACGAGAGGAAACAACAUCAUCCUGCUAACAGACCUUGCAAAGGGUAACUCCUAUAAAUACAAAGCCCCUUCUUAUGCCUUGGCUUGCCAGUGGGUCCGGUACCUUGAUGAGGCUACUAAGAAACACAGAGGACCAAAGACACCAGCUAACCUGAUGUCCUUUGACUGAAAAAAAAGAUAGGUGCAGCGUUACACUUGAAAAGAAUGCCUCUGGUACAUAUAGAGCUGAAUAGAUACACGGACGUACUGCUACUAUGGUAGAGAUGGACAACUGCUUUAGUACGCUACCUUGAAAGAAGGAUGCUGCUUUGAAAUGCCAGGAGAAGCCGCAAGGAUGGUGCCAUUGACCAGUCAUCAUCCAGUCAUCAUCUUGUGGGCCGUGUCCAUCAGCAGAUAUUCCACACAACAAAUAGCACCACCUAUUGUCC